AUGAGCGCCAUUCUGUCCGCCGACGACCUCAACGACUUUAUCAGUCCCGGCGUCGCCUGCAUCAAACCCGUCGAGACCCUGCCCGCGGCCCCGCCACCGCCCGCCGACGGCUCGCUCGAGCACGAGGUCAUCCUCGACGGCCAGCCCGGCGGCCCCGCCUCGUCGGGUCUGACGCCCAACGCGCCCGCCGAAAUCUCCCUGACCGACUGCCUCGCCUGCUCCGGCUGCGUCACCUCAGCCGAGGCCGUGCUCGUCAGCCUACAGAGCCACACCGAAGUUCUCAAUACGCUCGACUUUGGCCCCUCGCUGCGCAUCGUUGGCCCCGACGAAAAGGGCCAGUUCCGCGUCGACGGCCUCGAGGAUGAGUCACGCAAGCUCUUCGUAGCGAGCGUCUCGCCGCAGACGCGAGCCAGCCUCGCCGCCGCCGCCGGCAGCGGCACCACCGAGCAGGAGGCGGGCCACAUGCUGGAGAGGCUGCUGCGGGGGCCCGAGGGCCUGGCGUCCGCAGGUCAGCACAACAACGGCUUCACCUGGGUCUUCGACACAAACGUCGCGCGCGAGGCGUGCCUCGUGCUCGGCGCCGACGAGGUCCUGGGCACCGACAAAGGCGGCCCGCAUCCUCCGACCCCAAGCCCACGCUCACCUCAAACUGCCCCGGCUGGCCGAAAACUCAACAUUCCACCGAGCCGCAUAUGGCACCUGGCCGUCAUGCCGUGCUUCGACAAAAAGUUGGAGGCUAGUCGCGAGGAACUCACAGACUCUGUAUGGGCGGGCGACGGCAAGCCUGGACGCGGCAUCCGCGACGUGGACUGCGUCAUUACGAGCAAAGAGGUCCUCAUGCUCGCCGACUCGCGCGGCUUCGACUUCUUCAGCCUGGCCCGCACGAACCCCUCCCUCACGAGACAGCUGUUUCCCGACCCGCAGCUCGAUCGCUUCCUCUUCCCGCCGCAACCUGCACACCGAGACAAACCCAUUGCGGGGUCAUCGGGCGGCAAUCUAUACUUUACGCUGCAGAGCGUUGUGUCCAAGAACCCUGGCUCUCAGAUCCAGGUGGUUCGGGGACGGAACUCCGACGUGACCGAAUACAUCGUCGCCAGCGAGGCAGGCGAACCAAUCUUCAAGGCGGCCCGGUUCUACGGGUUCCGCAACAUCCAGAACCUGGUGCGCAAAGCUCAAGCCCGCCCGCCCAUCGCGCAUGCCCGGCGGGAAACCCUUCGGCAGCGCCAGGCGACCGACCGGCAAGACGGCGGGGCUCGAGUACACAUCAAGAUUGACGACCCGAUCAUCGUCGAGCGCAAGGGCUUGGCGAUCAAGCCCGGCCCGCAGGAGCAGAAGCAGUGGCUGGCAGAGGUGGACGAGGCCUACUUUUCCGCCGAGGAAGCGGACAACAGGGACGCCGUGUCCGGCUGCGACGUGCCGCGGCAGGACUUGGUGGACGGCAUUUCUCCUUCGCACAUUCGAGAUACCCUGGCGCAUUGGUCCGGCAUUACGGGCGUAGACUUGGCUAGAUUGGUCUUCACGACGUACCGCGAGGUCGUCAGCGACGUCGGCAAGGACAAGACGACCGACACGGAGCGCGUGGUGCAGCUCGCUGGCAAGAUUGGCGGUGGCUGGUGA